GCACAGAUGCGCACAGUCUCUACAGUGCACUGUAGCCGCCGCUUCAGAUGCUCCUCCGCUGCAUCCCAUUAUUUCUCUGUUCACUCUGUUCAUCUCGCUGCUGCGGCGGACCGGGUUGGAGACAGGGAGCUGGCACAUUGCUGUGCCAAAAACAGGAUUUCUAAAGUCUGUCACGACUCUGUGCGCUACGGAGACGUACUUGAAAAGGACAUUUAAUGUAUCUUUAAAACAAGGCAAUAUCGGCGACCGAAGUCCAUGAAAUCUGCAAAGUUGUUAGAUCUAGGUGUUUCUCAUCCGUCCAAACAUUUUGAUUUCACUUUAGAUAUUUUCGCCACUUUAUCCAAUACGUCCCCGUUCCGCGCCAUCGCCGCUGCUGCCUCCAGGUAAGGGAUGGAUCUCCUUUUGUUCCGUCACCCGGCAGUUCUCUUCAACCGGGACCGAAUGUAAGGACCAUUGAAUCGGUGCUUGUGGAGAAUCCAGCCGCUCUUUUCUCUGACCAAGUUACAUCUAGGCUACCUCGUAUAAAGCCGGUGAUAAAUGUUGCAGCAGACAUGAGUUUUGGAAACAGAUUUUUCCUUGUUUCACUCUUUCUUGGAAUUGUCGUCACUCGUUUCAGCCACUGCAACCAAGUUGUGCUGCUGGAUACGACGUCUGUGCUUGGAGAGCUUGGAUGGAAGACCUAUCCUAUAAACGGGUGGGACGCCAUCACUGAGAUGGAUGAGCACAACCGGCCCAUCCAUACUUUCCAGGUUUGCAAUGUGAUGGAGCCCAACCAGAACAACUGGCUUCGCUCCAACUGGAUCUCUCGACAGGCUGCCCAAAAGAUCUACGUGGAGCUUCGCUUCACCCUGCGUGACUGCAACUCCAUCCCUUGGGUGUCUGGUACCUGCAAGGAGACCUUCAACCUCUUCUACCAUGAGACUGAUGAGGCUCACGGUGUCAAAUUCAAGCCCCAACAGUACACCAAGAUCGACACCAUCGCUGCCGACGAGAGCUUCACUCAGAUGGACCUCGGAGAUCGCAUCCUCAAACUCAACACUGAGGUGCGGGAGGUGGGACCCAUGACUAGGAAGGGUUUCUACCUGGCGUUCCAGGACAUCGGUGCCUGCAUUGCCUUGGUUUCAGUAAGGAUUUACUAUAAGAAAUGUCCUUUCACGUUAAGGAACCUGGCCUCAUUUCCUGACACAGUACCUCGUGUGGACUCUUCCUCAUUGGUGGAGGUGAGGGGGGCUUGUAUUGACCAUGCUGAAGAAAGAGACACUCCCAAACUGUUCUGUGGAGCUGAUGGAGACUGGUUGGUCCCCUUGGGAAGAUGCGUCUGCAGCAUUGCGUAUGAGGAGAUCGAUGGCUCAUGUACUGCAUGUCACCCAGGUUUCUACAAGGCAUAUGCUGGAAACAUCAGGUGUUCAAAGUGCCCUCCACAUAGUUUCAGCUAUGGAGAAGGAGCUGCUAUCUGCCGCUGUGAGAUGGGCUUCUUCAGGGCUGAGAGUGAUCCUCCAACAAUGGCUUGUACACGCCCUCCAUCUCCUCCCCGCAACUUAAUGUUUAAUCUGAACGACACCUGUCUGAUGCUGGAGUGGUCACAUCCCAGCGACACCGGGGGCCGCCGGGAUCUCACCUACAAUGUCCAGUGCAAACGCUGUGGCCCCGAGCCUGACCAGUGCCAGUUCUGUGAGGAGGAACUUCGUUUCCUACCACGACCAUUAGGCCUGACUGACGCCACAGUCACUAUCAUGGACUUCUCAGCCCACGCCAACUACACCUUUGAGAUUGAGUCCCUGAAUGGUGUGUCAGGCAUAAGCUCCUUUCCUCGCCAGGUAGCCAUCAUCACCGUCAGCACUGAUCAGGGUGGUCCAUCUCUGGUUGGGUCUCUAAAGAAGGACUGGGCCUCUCCAAACAGUAUUGCUCUCUCCUGGCAGCAGCCCGAACAAACAACAAUGCUCAUCCUCGACUACGAGAUCAAAUAUUACGAGAAGGAACAUGAGCAGUUGAGCUACUCGUCGACACGCACCAAGGCUCCCAGUGUGAUCAUCUCAGGUUUAAAACCAGCCACCUGGUACGUCUUCUGUGUUCGCACCCGCUCACCAGCUGGAUACAGUUCCUACACCCCUAAAUAUGAAUACAAAACUACAGGAGACUCAUCAGACAUAGCUUCUGACCAAGGCCAGGUGUUGGUGAUCGUCACAGCAGCGGUUGGUGGCUUUACCCUCCUCGUCAUCCUCACCCUCUUCCUCCUGAUCACUGGAAGGUGUCAGUGGUAUUUUAAGGCCAAGAUGACUUCAGAGGAGAAAAGGACCAAUUAUCAGAAUGGACAUGUCCCCUUUCCGGGAAUAAAGACCUAUGUGGACCCUGAUACAUAUGAAGACCCCACGCAGGCCAUCCACGAGUUCACCAAGGAGAUCGACCCCUCCAGGAUCCGCAUCGAGAGGGUGAUCGGAGCCGGUAUACACACACACAGGCCUGCACACACAGUUAUACACUCAUCCACUUGUGGUUCUACCUUUCGCCAUGUGGGCGGAAGAGGAUCAUUUCAUGUUGGUGAGUUUGGCGAGGUGUGCAGCGGCCGCCUGAGAACUCCAGGGAAGAAGGAGAUUGCCGUGGCAAUAAAGACGCUGAAGGGCGGCUAUGUGGAGCGUCAGAGGCGGGACUUCCUGCGCGAGGCGUCAAUCAUGGGCCAGUUUGACCACCCCAACAUCAUCAGACUAGAGGGCGUGGUCACCAAAAGCAGGCCUGUAAUGAUUGUGGUGGAGUAUGUGGAAAAUGGAUCGCUGGACUCCUUUCUCAGGCAACAUGACGGUCACUUCACUGUCAUCCAGUUGGUUGGCAUGCUGCGUGGCAUCGCCUCGGGCAUGAAGUAUCUGUCAGACAUGGGCUACGUUCACCGAGACCUGGCAGCUCGAAACAUCCUGGUCAACAGCAACCUGGUGUGUAAAGUGUCAGACUUCGGCCUGUCCCGAGUCCUGGAGGACGACCCGGAGGCUGCUUACACCACAACGGGUGGUAAGAUCCCCAUCCGAUGGACCGCUCCUGAGGCCAUCUCAUACAGGAAGUUCUCCUCUGCCAGCGACGCGUGGAGUUACGGCAUCGUCAUGUGGGAAGUGAUGUCAUAUGGGGAGCGGCCAUAUUGGGAGAUGUCCAAUCAGGAUGUGAUUCUGUCUAUUGAAGAGGGCUACCGGCUGCCUGCACCGAUGGGCUGCCCCGUGGCCCUGCACCAACUGAUGCUGCACUGCUGGCAGAAGGAGAGGAGUCACCGGCCUAAAUUCACCGAUGUUGUUACCUUCUUGGAUAAACUGAUCCGUAACCCCAGCAGCCUGCUGCCACUGGUAGAGGACAUUCAGAGUCUACCGGAGUCUCCGGGGGAGGAAAUGGACUACCCGAUGUUCAUCUCCAUCGGCGACUGGCUGGACUCCAUUAAGAUGACUCAGUACAAAAGCAAUUUCAUGGCAGCUGGCUACGACACAUUGGAUUCUGUGGCGAGGAUGAGUAUUGAAGAUGUGAGGCGUAUAGGGGUGGAGCUGAUCGGCCACCAGAGGCGGAUCACCAGCAGCGUACAGACCCUCCGCCUUCAGCUACUGCACGAACAGGAGAAGGGUUUUCAUGUAUGAGGACAACCUUUAACACAACCUGGGAUGGACAGAUAGAUGGACCAGAGGGAAGUGAAGUCUAGACCAUUGGACAGACAGCCUACAGCCUGUGCCUGAGUCUUAACCCCUCAUUAAGGAGGCAAUUGGACAGACUACCACAGCAGACUGCCCCCUGGUCUCCCUCACAUCCAUUAGUAACAGACUUUUUCCUACUAUACACCCCUUACCCAGUAUACCUGGCUCUGCCAGACUAUUGCAGCCUGAUCGACUUUAAAGACGGGCCCAGGCCCUCACUUAGGGGAAUGUAAUGCCUUGUUGCAGCAGCAGUACUUUGUGUGUGAAGCAACAAUAUCUAGAGAUGUAGAUUUGCAAACGUAAUCUACCGGAACUUUUGACUAUUUUCUUCUUCUUUUUUUGCCAUUUUCUCGCUCUGAGUUAUGUGCUCAUGUAGCUGCUAUCGGGUGUGCAAUCGAAAAGUAUCCUCAAUAUCUUUUAUUUCAGAGUUUGAUUAUUUAUCAUGGAGGUGUUAUUUGCUUUGCUUUAGUUAACCCUCUCUCCAGAGAAUCUGGUAUGCGAAUACUUGAAUAAAGAAGUGAGAAGCAAGUUAUGGAGAUUUCUUGAAUGUUCAAAAGUGUAUAGACAAUUAAUCGAUAAUUAUUAUCAUAACCUAAUAUCUAUAUAUGUGCAGUCCUGUAUGUGAAAGCCCUAGUAAAUCUGGAUCUUAUUUAAGAUGUUUUAUUUAUUUCAGAUUUUUAUCCGAAUCAGCAAUACAGUAUUAUGCAGUCACCUCAGUAUCUCAGAGAAAGAUGAAGAAUUGUGCAAUGAGAGAACUCUUGUUGACAUGUUAACAUGAGGCUCCCACCACACCAUCCACCUGUUUCUAUUGUCACAUGCUUACCUUGCAGAACUGGAUCCGUUGCCUUCAGAUGAAUAACCAUACAAGUCUAUUCUGACAGUUUUUAGCAACCAGUGUACUCGCAGUUGUGUAACGAUAAGCCUGAUUUAUUUUGGAUUGUAAAUGUUAUACAUUGCCUGAAAGUACACAAUCUCCACUGUCCUAACAUAUGAAUGUUAACAUAAUUUAGAUAUAGAUAGGAGAUGUUUGUCUGGAAACUAAACAUGGACUUAUAUGGUUCUUCAGAAUUAGCCGAAAUGCUUUAAUAUACAUUCAUUUUCUUUUUGCCUGAACACGCACUAAUGCAGUGCAUUUCGUGGACAAAGUUGAUCUAAGAUGUCAGAGCAGAAUAGUGUGUCGUAGAUGCAAAGCUCUACUCCAGUCUGUUUUUAAAUUGUGGUCAUGUGAAGGUUGUGGCAUUUGUGGCAAUAUGGGAAACCAGUGUACAUAGAUGUAGUCUGGAAUGAAAAUUGUUGGAUCUGCAGUAGAUAAUGUCAAUUUGUCAGAUGUUUGCCAUUAAAAUAAUCAUUUUUCUUCAUCCGCUAACUAAGUGGUGAAUAGGCAUUGCUGCAGAAUAUAGCCAGUUAGUUGAGUUGGGGGCAGCAGAAGUAGCUAAAACCUGGUGGAUAGAAACCGGUGAGUAGUCUAUGGUUUAUGUGAUCAGGACAGAGCUGUCCAGCAGAGACAGUAAGUGACUUUAAUGACGGCAGAGGGAGAAUAAAUAUAAACAGCAGCAUCAUAACUCAUGUGUCAUUCUUAAAUCAACAGUAACAAACACACUUACUUACAUACACACACACACACACACACGCACACACACACACACACACACUCACGUAGAAUGCCUUACAGUCCGUUAACCAUGCAAGACAGAGACACUUUAGGUGUGGUUCAUAAGUUUCAGUGCAGUCACAGGACCUAGCCAUUACUUUGAGUUGUAUUCCAUAUUCAAGAGAGCGACCGCCCCUCUACAGCAAUGGUUUUUCUUACGAAUUGUGGCUCGAUGAUUAAUGUCAAAGGCAGACUGGAUCUAGAGAUCUGUGCCUUUCGGUCACAGCAUAGUUAUGCAUCCCAGCCUGCAGGAGUAGGAAAGGUGCACACACACAUCCAAACACACAUAUACACUCACAUACAAAGUAUUUGCGCACGCACGCUCGCGGUCACCAUCCUUCUACAGACUAAGAAGAAUAUCAGAUGCUGUUUGUUUAGCAUGUUCUACUGCUGAGCAAUGUUAGAACGUUAUUUUGUACAAAGUACAAGUAUACUUAUAAUUCUUGUAUUUUAUUUUUCUAUAAUUUCCAAAGAGAUGUUGUAGAUCUUCCACACUGUAAGAGGCAGUUACAGCGAAUAUUUAUUUGCAAAUAAAGACGAACAGUUCUGGUGGU